AUAUUAAUGAGGAGAUCAACCAACAGGAAGGUGAUGAAGAAGCUGCAGGUGGAGCUGAGAGGUCUUCAUCAGAUAAGAUAAGAUAAGAUCAGAUAAAUCUUUAUUGUCAUUGUCACAAGGACAACGAAAUUUAAAAGGUGCCAGGCUGAACACAAACUGCUUUAGGCAUUUAACAUUUAAACUUUAAGACACCUCAACGGUUGAGUUUAUUAAACAGACUGUCAUGAGUUUAAAAUAAAUGAAAAGAAACUUAAGCAAGAAAACGCUGGAAACCACAGAGAGGAAGGCUGAUGUUCCUGAAGAACUAAAAUGCUUCUUGUUUUUGGUUUUCACGGUUUGCAGCAUCUUUUCUCACCUCCUAUGAAUGUCUUUAGACUCUACAUUAUGUGCACAAUUAUUAUGCAUGUUUGAGUUUUUUAGCUGGCGUCUGAUGCCAAGUGGAGCUCUGUGUCCUUUACUGAUCCGGCCACUGGUCCAUCAGGAGUCACUCUCAUCUCAUCAGUCCAUUAAACCUUUGGCCCAGUCUUGAUGUUUCAGCUGUGUGUCUUGAUCAGUGGUGUUCGGUUUUCAGCCUUCCUUAUCUUGGUCUCUGAAGAGGUGAAUAUUUCUGGACGCUCCAGGUUGUAGUUCUGGAAUAUGACAAAACUGAAAGAUAACGGAUUCCUGGUAGCUUCAUGUUUGAAUCUUCUCAAAUCUUUGGCAGUUUGUUUACGUCUUUUUUCUCUCUCAACACGUUUCUUGCGACCCUGUUGACUAUUUGCAGCAAGACGUUUGGUGGUUCUGUGAUCACGACCCAAUGUUUCAGCAGUUUCAAGAGUUCUGCUUCCCUCUGAAAGACUUUUAACAGUUCUGGACUUUUCAGAGUCACUUUUUUUGACCCCUUUUGCUGAGGAAAAGUAGCUGCCUAAUAGUUCUGCACAUCUUGAAUAAUGGUGUUCAUCUCCCACCUCCCUCAUUAAACAAAUACACACCAGCUGAUAUUUUUAUAUUCAAUAAACAUUCGAGUUGGAAAAUAUGCAUAAAAAUGAUUAUGUGGUUAAAACUAAAACUUGCGUAAUAAUUGUGCACACAGUGUAUGUUCCUGUUUCUGCACACAGUUAAAGAGAGUUAUUUCUCUUUGCAGCAGUUAAACAAAACCCCAGUAGUUUUAUUACAGGACCAGCUUCAUCAUCAACAGUCAUUUGAUUCUUAUCCAGAUGUUUGAUGAUGUUCAACAUGCUGGUUUCUAUAACAACCAAACUGACAGGAACAGAACAGGUACAGUAAUGGACAGCCAAGAAUAUGACGAUAAGAAGAAUCAUCAGGUUGAUGUUAGCUUCUGUGAGUCUCCUGGUUCUGAUCCGGUUCUGCUCUAAAUGCUCCUCAGGUGAAAACCCAAGCAGAACCUCCAAGCUGCCAGCAGGGGGAGUAGUUCUGCUGGUUCUGGUCGGUCUGCUGGCUGCUGCUGUCAUCGUCAUCUACAGACUCUCUUUUGAUAAAAUACGAACCAAUCAGAUUCUCCAAACCCUGAAAGAGGAGAAUGAAGCUCUGAGGAGAAAUCUGUCAGUUGGAAGUACAACUUCAACAACAAUAUUUCCUGCAGUAAAAAGGGAAACAUUUCUGAAGUGUGAAGCAGGAUGGGAGAAACAUGGAGGAAGCUGUUAUUAUUUUAACACCAAUAAAUCCUCCUGGAAUGACAGCAGACGUUCCUGCGUUGAUCUGGGAUCAGACCUGGUGAAGAUCGACAGCAGAGAGGAGCAGAUGUUCCUGGUAGGAAGACUGAGAGACUUGAUGGAGGACGAUGAGGACAUGUUCUGGAUCGGACUGACGGACCUAAAGGAAGAAGGCAGAUGGUUCUGGGUGGACGGAUCUCCUCUGGAUGAAAGUUUGACGUUCUGGAACGAUGGAGAACCUGACAACAGAAGUAAAGAUGGUGCAGGCUCAGCUGACUGUGGGAGGAUGGGGAGAAAAAGAGAAUAUGAAAAUCUGAAGUCCUGGUUUGAUAUAUCCUGUAAUUAUCCUCACAAAAGUAUCUGUGAGAAAACAGCUGGACUGAGUUCAUGUGUCUGUGUCUGAAGAUCAGUUCAGUCUGUGAACCGAUCUGAGUUCAGCUUCAAGAAGCUGCAGUGAUGCUGCUUUUAUGAAGAUACUGUCAUGAAAAUUUUACAUUUCCAGACAUGUUGAAAUAAUCAAACUUUCAACAUUCAGUCAUAUUCUUGCUUGAUUUGCUCUUAUAUUCAUAUUUUGGUUUGAAUGCAGAAUGUCCUUUGAAAAAUAUGAAACUAUGUAACUUGUAAAUAUUUGACUAUGAUCAGGAAUGUCUUCUUAACUUGUUACACAUUUUGUCCAAUAAAAUAAAUUUCAACAUUUUGGUCAAUAUGACUGAAAAACAGAGAUUGGCUUUGAAAUAAAAACAAUUUGGAUAACUUUUAUAACCUCUGCUCAUAUUUGCUGCAAUGUUUAUUAAAAAAUUAUGUGGUAAUAAUUGAAUAAAUGUUUAAAAAAUG